AUGCCAUCAAACAACUCGACUCUUAAUCAUCGGAGCAGGCCUUCCAACACUCUAUUCGCCUUUGGCAUCCUCGCGCAGGUCGCGUUGCUUGCCGUUAUCUUCUGGACAUAUACGAGCUAUGGCAACUCCCGUGAGCCGACCACGUUAGCGGAAGCAGCAGUGAAGACAGCAACAAGACCAAACGGCUUCACUUUGCGCCACCUUAUAGAUCAUGGCGCUGGCCAGUCUGGACCACGAGCACGCAGAUUCGAUGUGACACCAGAGCGAUUUGCCGUAGCUGGUCUUGAUACUCACAUCGGACCCUUCGCUAUCAAGACAGCACCGGUGAAGAUAGAACGACCUGCAUUGCGUGGCUACGAUGCACAGAUCCCCAUGUCGUCCAUGUGGAUCGCCGAAGAUGUACCGGGUCCGGAUGUUACGGACAAGAACACGGUAAUCAGUUUCGCGAACAUGUCCGAGGAUGCUUACAAGGUCGGUCGUGAUGACGCUGGAUGGAUGGACGUUGACGGACGUUACAAUUCAUCAGUUCCUUUUGGUUGGGAUGACAGUGGCAUCCGAGGUCACGUGUUUAGCGAUGAUACCAAUUCCACCAUCAUUCUGGCGGUGAAGGGAACGACUGUAGCUAUGUUUGAAGGCGAUGGAACCUCCGUUCACGACAAAGAAAACGACAACUUGUACGGUUCUUGCUGUUGCGGCCAAGGUGGGACAUAUCUUUGGCGCAAAGUGUGCGACUGUCAAACUGGUACCUACAGCUGUGACGAGCAAUGUGUCAAAGACGAGUUACGAAAGCCGAAUAGAUACUAUGCUGCGACUGUCGAGCUGUAUCAGGAGGUCCUCAAACUCUACCCGGAUGCGAACAUUAUGACGACGGGACACAGUUUGGGAGGUGUCCUGGCUUCUUUGAUUGGCUUGCAGCACGGUAUUCCUGCGGUGACAUUCGAGGCCUACCCGCAAGCCUUAGCAGCUAAGCGCUUGGGUUUGCCAGCUGCCGGCGAUGUCGCUCCACUUAGGAAGAAUACAGGCGGCUUUCACUUCGGACAUACCGCUGAUCCUGUAUAUAUGGGCACCUGCAACGGCGCGACGAGCUUUUGCUCAAUCGGCGGAUAUGCUUUCGAAACACUCUGCCAUACCGGGAAAAGAUGUGCAUAUGAUGUGGUGAAGGAUUGGGGAUGGAGACAGAACACGCAAACCCAUAGUCUCAGGUACGCCAUCGACAACGUGUACAUGAAAUACGACGAGGCAGCAAUAUGUCAAGAAGAGGACGUUGGGUGCGUCGAUUGUUAUCUGUGGAAGUUCGAGAACGGCACCCACACCACAGCGACGACAAGCUCCACGACUGCAACAAGUACUACAUCCUCAAGGACGCGGACUGAGACGUGUAAGACACCUGGGUGGUGGGGAUGCCGUGAUGAGACCACCACGAUGGUAUCGACCACUUCAUCCAGCCCAUCAAGUACCGCAACAAGUACUAGUACAAGUACCUGUCAAACUCCCGGAUGGUUUGGUUGCAAAGACAAAACGACAGCUAGCACAACUAGCACAACUACUACUACGUCUAGUGAGCCAACGACUACAUGUACCUCGAAAGGCUGGUUUGGCAGGUGUCACGACGACGUGCCUGCGACGACUACACCAGCCAUGGAAGGCCAUGCAUACUGGCGGACGGCCGCGACCGCGACGCAAACGGCACGAUAA